AUGCCUGCAGCGAAAACAAGGAAAUUAAAAAUCCAAGUAAAGCCCAACAAAAUAAAAACUGUGGGCGACACACUGGAGAAUAAAUCAUGGGAGCAAGUAAAAAUCAAGGGCAACGUUAUCUCUGAUGAUGGUGGCGGCUUCGAAGGCCUUAUCGGUUUAGAAGUUCUGGAAGAUUAUGAUCCCAAAAUGGUUGAAACAGCUAAGGAAAGGCGUACUAGGAAGGAGAAGCGAAUGGACCGCAAAGUAGAGAGCAAAAAACGCAAGUUGGAGAAGACGGCAGAUGAUAAAGGUUCAGAAAAGGAGGACUCAGACUCAGAAAAAGAAGCAAGUGUUAAGCCUGAAAACAGAAAGAAACGCUUAGCAGAACGCAAAUUAAAGUUACUACAGAAAAGGAAAGAAAGGCGAGAAAAACGCAAACAAAAGAGGAGUGCUACCAAAGUAAGCAAAGAUGAUCAACCUAGUCAAAAAGACAGUUUGGCUAAUGAAGAGUAUCCGCCAGACCGAUUUGCACUGCUAAGACCACCGGCAUUUGAAAACAGUGGAGCGGAUGAAAAUCUCGAAGAUGAUGAAACCGAAGCGCCGCAAUUAGUUAACGAAUCAGCGUUAAGCAUUGAUGACUUAGAGGGUUGGAAUGGAUUAGGUGUACCACAGCCCGUUCUGCGGGCAAUAUCUGAGAAAGGCUUCAAAUCCCCGACAGAAAUUCAGGUAAUGACACUUCCCGCUGCUAUUUUAGGCAAGAAGGAUAUUCUUGGUGCGGCAGAGACGGGCAGCGGAAAAACAUUAGCUUUUGGUAUACCAAUUUUAGCCGGUAUUAUGGAACUAAAGUCGAAAAACGUACGUAGUGGCAUACGCAAAGCACCAAAAGUGAAAGGGCAGAAAUCGGACAUAAAUGCCAAGCAAGUUGAGGAAGAUCGUGAGCUUACGCCACCUCCAGAAGAGCUAGACUUUUAUCCAACUCUGCCUACAGAAGACGAAGCAAGCGAAUCGGAUGAAGAUGCGAAAGAAAAUGGUCCACUUUAUGCGGUUGUACUGACACCAACUCGUGAGUUGGCAGUGCAAGUCAGAGACCACUUGGUGGCAGCAGCCAAAUACACUGGUAUAAAAGUGGCAGCGAUUUUCGGUGGACUAGCGGUGGCAAAACAAGAGCGUCUACUGAAACAGUGCCCAGAAAUAGUAGUCGCGACACCUGGGCGCUUGUGGGAACUUUAUGAACAGGAAAAUCCACAUUUGAGUAAAAUGGAGGACAUAAGCUUUUUGGUCAUCGAUGAAACUGAUCGUAUGGUAGAGAAGGGACAUUUUGAAGAACUUCGCAGUCUUCUAAAGGUGCUGAACGCAAAUGAAGAGAAAAAGCAAACUCGUCAAAAUUUUGUAUUUUCGGCGACUUUGACGCUGGUUCAUGAUUUACCGGACCACAUGCAGCGACGAAAUGUUGGAAAGCGAAAAAAAUUUAUUAAACAGACACCAGGCUUGAAAAUACAGAGCCUUAUUGAAGAACUAGGAAUUUCACAGCCCAAAAUUGUGGACAUCACCAGAAGUCAACAAACCGCACAGACCCUCACCGAAUGCCGACUAAUCUGUCCAAUUGACCAGAAGGACUAUUAUCUAUACUACUUCGUGCAACGUCAUCCUGGACGUACAAUCGUUUUUUGCAACUCAAUCGAUUGUGUGAAACGCUUGGCUACGCUAUUUGGUCUAUUGGAGUGUGCACCUUUGCCGCUGCACGCGAGUAUGGUACAAAAGCAGCGUCUGAAGAACCUCGAAAGAUUCCGUGACAACCCAAACGGUCUCCUAAUAGCCACAGAUGUAGCUGCCCGUGGUCUUGACAUACCCAAUGUCGAGCAUGUGAUACACUAUCAAGUUCCGCGGACUAGCGAAAAUUACGUACACCGCUCAGGUCGUACAGCACGUGCCAAUAAAAAUGGAAUAACUGUGAUGUUCAUGGAGCCAGGUGAAGUAAAGAACUACGUGAAACUUUACAAAACAUUGGAUAGAACCGAAGAUUUACCACUGUUUCCGGUCUCGGAGAAAUAUCUACGCGCUGUGAAGGAACGUGUUAAUUUAGCUCGCGAAGUUGAUAAGCAAGAGCUGAAAUUGCGUCGCACACAAAGUGAGAUCGGUUGGAUGAAAAAACAAGCAGAGGAAAUGGAUAUGAUUAUUGACGGGUUUAAUGACGAAUCUGGUAGCGAUCAGGAUGAUGAAGAUGCAUUUGUGGUUGAAAAGAGGCGCGACCGUCUACAUUUGGAAAAUGUACGCGCACAACUUAGCGCAUUGCUGUGCAAACCUAUGUUCCCAAAGGGCUUUAGUUUUAAAUAUCCAACUAGCAGUGGCCAGCUCCAAAUGCCAGAUAUUGGUGCCUCUGGCACAGCCUCUGACAAAGGCAGCGCUGUAAAUGUAAUGAAGGCCGCCAUUGAUGAUUUGAAGCAAGCGAAAAAAGAUCGGAUCAAGAAACGGAAACUUUUUGCAUAAAAAAAACAAAUUA